AUGGUCCGAAGUCGCGGCGGCCGUGGACGUGGGCGCGGCGGCCGUGGCAGAGGAGCGGCGGCAAUUCCAAAAGACGACCCAGGCGGCGAGAGAGCGUCACCUGCGCCGUCGACGCUCGAAGCGUCUCAACUAUCUGCUCCGCCGGCAGUACCUCUCGUAGUGGUCGUGCCGCAGGGUCGCAUGAUCACGCGCUCUCUUCUACGCUCUACCGCUUCUCUGCUCCUUGACGACCACAGCAAUGCCGCCAGUAGCCCAAAACUCUCGCCGCCCAACGGCCGGCGCCGGCGGCGAACGGAAUCUGCAGCGCCUACCACGUCGACUUUCGCACAUACGUUGCCCACUCCAAGAGAGAGCACGCCAGGCAGCUCUGCACUCGCCUCCACCCGCAUCUCCUCCGCCUUCUCGCCCGCCAUUGCAGUGGCGGGCGACACAACGGCCUCCGCCGACGGCAGCGGCGGCCGUUUCUCCGCUCUCUCGCAGCGCGUCGUCAUCGGCGGUCUACUGCGGUGUAUCUGCACUGCCUUUCUCGUGUCGCCGAACGAAACGCUGCUGGAGUGCUCUCGGUGCCGCAACUGGUGCCACCCCGCCUGUGUCGGUGUCGACUACGAAGAGCUGCGGUUGCAACAGCGACAGCGCGACUUUCUCUGCCCAUUCUGCACCGAGACAGCCACGCCGGCGUCUGCGUCGACAAGUCUGCCCUACACCGCGGCAACCUCCCUCCCUACCACGCCGCACAUCCUCUCGCCGCCGUCGCCAGGGUCGCAGAUUCCAGCGUCUAUCACGACGUCUUUGGGCGAGUCUAUCAAAGUCGUCUUCAGCCCAGUCACGCCGCCUGCGGUUGCCCAAAUACGCGCCGUACCGGCCGACCUCGCCGACUCGACGACAGCCGCGGCGGUGAGCACGCCCGUGAAGAGCGUAGCGGUCGCCCAAACGGGCGGUGGUAGGGGCAUAGGCUACUCUACCGUCGCUGCAAUGUCGGCGCCGCCUGCGUUGCCCCCACCCCCCACAAGCAGCUCUCCUUUGUCAAGCUUUCCAUUGGUGAUUCCUCAGCCUCCAGCACCACGUCAACCGCCGCUAAAGCUGCGCGAGGUACCGGAUAAAUCCCCGCCGGCGCCGCUCGCCAGUGAGCUGCAGUGCCUGAUCCGCACGGUAGAAGACACAGCCCAUCAGAUGGGCUACAAGAUGCUGCACCUGCCCGCGCACAAACUGACGGAGCAGCAGGUGGCUGAGUGCCUCGAGUGCUGCACGGAGGCAAUCCAUGACGCCACCUUCUCAGCCGACUACCCAGCCUACUGCCUGAGGGAGGUGCAAAAUUGCCGGCACCCGUACGUACAAGGCACCGUGCUGCAGUCGCAGGCCGACGAACGUAUCUGCUCACUCAUCCUGUCCAGUGGCCGAGACCUCUAUGGCAACCUGAAGUCCACUAUCACACAGCUCAAGUGCUCGCUGCAGCGCGGCCUCCUCGAUCCGUCCGCACUGACGCCGUUCAUGGCGGAGUGCAUGGCCAUUGUAGAUGUAGCCGACUUUGUGCACAUUACACUAAGUGCCACCCACGUCCAGCAUCAGCGCAAGGGUCUUGCGCGGCUGCUGAUGACGAUGGAACUGCUCAAGUGGAGCCUACGUGGCCGCCACCGUGCGUUCCUCAACAUGGCAAUCGAAAAGCGCCUCGUGGACUUCGGCAGCCGGAUCGAGCUUGCGUCGCCAGCCGCAUCGAAGCGGCUUUACGAGUCCUUUGGUUUUGUGGAGGUAUACCCACGCUACGACCCGGUGACCGGGAAAGAGCGCUGGACUGCGAAGGAGGCUGACAUGGGACGCGUGAUGGCCAACUUGAACUUCGUCGAUCAUGUGCGUUCCGUGGCGGAGUCAAUACCAGCCAAGCAUAACCCCAGCAGGAGCUCUAACGGUGAUGACAUGGGUCAUAGAGGGCGCCGGCACAAGGCGGAGCGGGAGCCACCACCGUCCGUCGUCAUUGAAGCGGGAGGGGCAUGGACGAGAGCGCGGAAGAGAUGA